UGACCAACCGAGGCAUUCUGGACACCAGGAAUGUGGCUUGGUGGCACCAGGGUCACAGUCAGACCGCUCAUCACCGCACUCUUUGCUUGUGGCGUUUCCUGUAGCAACACUUCGAAACAGGGUCAUGUGAUAUGCCUGAUCUUUCUUUUGUCCUGAGUGAGGUUUGGUUGAUCCGCUGUGCCUUCGGAGGGCUGGAUGACAUGAUGAACCUGCCCUUUUCCCCUCCCCCCUUCACCUCCCUCUUCCCCUUUUUCCUUCUACUCCUUUUCCUUCCUCCGUCCCCUGUCUCCUCUUCCCUUUCCCAUACCCCCCUGAGCUGGACUUCACCACAUGACCCCUGCUACCACCUGGACGGUCGUUCACGCCACUGUCUGUCUGAGUUCAUCAACGCCGCCUAUGGAGUCCCAGUCAAUGCCAGCCACUCGCUACAAGGGCCUGAUUAUGACGGCAAUGUCACCACCUUGACGGACCUCCACAACCCCCACAACCUCACCUGCUGGAUGGCUCACGGAGAUCCUGACAGUGGCGAUUGGGUCCUAACGCUUCCUCUCGGACGGCGCUUUGAGAUUACUUACAUAAGCUUGCAGUUCUGUCAGCACGGAGAGCCUUCAGACCCAAUCUCCAUCUCCAUCGUCAAGUCAAUGGACUAUGGGCGAACGUGGAGGCCGAUGCAGCACUACUCCAAUGAUUGCCUUCGAGACUUUGGGCUUCCCUCGCAGACAGUGGCUCAGAGUCGGCACCAAGAGACAGAGCCUCUCUGCUCAGAUCCUCGCCCCUUGCAAAAGCAAAGGGGUGGCAUGGUUCUGGCCUUCUCCACUCUGGAUGGACGGCCAUCCUCACCUGAUUUUGACCACAGUCAUACCCUCCAAGACUGGGUGACUGCCACGGACAUCCGCAUAGUCUUCCACCAAGCGUCAAAAGACACCAAGGAUAGUACCUCAGCCAGGCAAGAGGAGGUACGAUGGCGUGACCAUGUAGAGGUUGACAGAGGGAUGGGGCUUUCAAGGUGGAGAGCGGGCCACAAAGGGGUUGACAAGUUAAAUAUGGAAAAUACAUUCGGGAUUUUUGACACAGAGACGAAAAGCUCAGACACAAGAGGGAGGAACAAAGUGGGCAAAAAUGGAAGGAAGAGUCAUUCGAAAGGUCAAGAAGAAGACGGACAUAAUGUCACCAGCAAAGACAGAGGGGAUAGUUUUGGUACGGACAUACUCACCCCUUCAAGGAAAGGCGGGAAAGGCAGAGGGCGUGGUCGCAAGAAAGACAAUCAUUAUCUGCCUUGUCCCAAUGGAGGUUGCAACUGGGCAGUCGAGGGGAGGAGCCGGGGCAACACAGGGCAGGAACUGAGGAAAAGGAGGAACAAUAAUCUUAAUGCAAAAAAAAGCUCAAGGGACUCGCAGGUGGCCCCUCACUUUGCUUUUAUGACUGCUGUCCGAGCUCCUCUGGCGCUCUCAGACCUGCAAGUUGGGGGCAGGUGUAAAUGUAACGGACAUGCUUCCAGGUGUCGGCGUGACGACACGGGACGGGCAGUGUGCAUGUGCGAGCAUCACACGGCGGGGCCAGACUGCGAUGUGUGCGAGGAUUUCUACUGCGACAGACCGUGGCAUCGAGCUACACCAACGCAUCCAAAUCCGUGUGUUGCCUGCGAGUGUAACAGCCAUUCGAAUAAGUGUCGCUUCAGCAUGGAGGUGUUCCAGCAGUCGGGUCGACGUAGCGGAGGUGUGUGUCAGAAGUGUCGCCACCACACAGCUGGACGCCACUGUCAGUACUGCCAGAACGGAUACACCCGUGACCACAGCAAACCACUGAACAACCGCAAGGCCUGCCAACCGUGUCAGUGCCAUCCUCUGGGAGCGGUGGGUCGCUGGUGCAACCAGACAUCAGGUCAGUGUCUGUGUCGAGAAGGUGUGACCGGCUUAAGGUGUAACCGCUGCGGCCCGGGAUACAAACAGGGAAAGUCCCCUCUGCGGCCCUGCAUACGAAUUCAAGAGGUCGCUCCAACGCCAGUGUACCAACCGCAGUACAGCAUAGCUGAGGAGUGUGUUUCGUACUGCCAGCCCUCUCAGGUUAAAGUCAGGAUGAAUUUAGAGACGUAUUGUCUGAAAGACUUCGUGCUGAAGGUACAGGUGAGAGGGAUGGAGCGUUCAGGUCCCUGGUGGCAGUUCUCCAUCUCAGUCCAAACCGUUUUCCGAAUCGGGUCCACCUCCCGAGUCCGCAAGGGUCCCCAAUCCCUCUGGGUUCCUGAUCGUGACCUCAGCUGCGGCUGCCCCGCCCUUAACGUGGGUCGGACGUUCCUCUUGAUCGGUGCUGAGGAGGGGGAGCGUGGUUGGAGUCCCGAGGAGAGUCGCCUGGUGGUAGACCGCUCCACUCUGGCCCUCCAGUGGCGGGAACACUGGAGCCCCAAACUGAGGGGUUUCCGGGGGCAGGAUAAGAGGGGCCGCUGUCCACCUAAAUCCAACAAUCAGCAUCAUCACAGGGAGCAAACAAGGCUUCAGACUGGGUACAUCCCCCCACAUCUGCUGACUGAGACACACACAAAGCCUCCCAGUGUGGACACACACUCUGCGGAGAUGGACGACACUCAAACCUCACCACACACACACUCACACACGGACGAUGAGGUUAAAUCCCUCUUGACAACUACACCCACUUUGGUGUGCUCCACUCAAGGUCCAGGAAACUAAAACCACAAGGAGACAUAAAAGUAUAACAGAUGUUUUAAUUGACCAGCUCUGUGGAUGGUCUGCAAAGAGAGACCAAAACACAGCAAGAGGACAGUGCUCUUUUCCUGUAGGCCUCCAAACUCCACUAAGAACACAUUCAUACACACCUGUUGUAAGAUGGUCGGUCUAAAAUGUGACAUUCACUCAUGUAAUUGUUGGUUUGUGGGGAAUUAUAAAGUCAAUCUUUUGCAAUGAAAGUCAUGGAUGAUUAAAUAUCUAAGAGUUCCACCAACAGAAUUGGUGCUAUGUGAUGUAUUAUCAGUUGUAAGAGUUGCAAUAUUUUAUACUGAAGAAGCUUUUGAAAAUAAAAGUCUAAAUUAAGUUUCUGAAA